AUUGCUUAUUUGUGAUUUAAAAAUAUGUAAAUGUGCAGUUCUAAGUUUUAAACUUGUUCCUCUCAUACCAAAAUUGUUUGUUUUUGCAGGUUUGGAUACGGUGUUUCAAUAUUUUUCACUAGCUUUGCCAUGGCUUGCAACUUGGAGUAUAUUCUGUGGCACAUUGAAACCCUGCAUGGUUUCUCAUAUAAUUACCAGUUACUCUAUGGCAGCUAUGUUGCAAUUGCGGCAUUUACUGAAGCCCUAAUAACAUUGUGGAUGCAGAAAAAACAUUUAUAUGAUCAGGAUAACACAGACUCUGGAUGCCAAAAUACUCUUAAUGCAGCUGAAGAUGGAGUCUGGGGAAUUGGUAUAUUCCUGCUUGGUCUUCACUUUUUGGCUGCCUCUUUUCUGCAUUCAGCAUGGCAGACAGUGUUCCUAGGAAUUAUACAGGGUUGCAGUGCUGCAAUUUUUACCACUAGAACAACUUCUGGUUGGUGGGCACUGGGCUAUGGUAUAGGAAGUCUGGUUGGAGGGAUUGUGGUUGAAGAUUCUGGAACACACUGGUUGUUCUGGGUGAUCGCUAUCAGCAUACUUUUCUGGAGUCAAAUAAUCAUUGUGUGUAAAGGGUGAGUACCAUACUUUGUACUAAAGCCUGAUAUAAUUUUCAGUGAUGGAAA